AUGACAUGUGUCAUGGGAAUGUGGGCUCCAUCAUUCUUUGGACAUUGCACCACUAGCACGAGAUACUCUUGUGAGGUACCAAAUCCAAAGCCUGGUAUGACACUUGACAAAACUGGUAUGGUUGCAAGCGACCAAUCUGUCACAGCAACAUGCAUCGAACCAAUGAAAGUUCUUGCUGGAAUUAAGUCAAUGAGAUGCGUUCUCGGUCACUGGGCCCCCAACGUUUUGGGAGAUUGCGUUAAUAUUGAUGAACUUGGCACCGUUGUGUAUAGCGAUGGAAAAGGGAAUGUCAUUAUUAAAUACCACAAUGGCACUAGCAUAAAGGAUCUUGGCAAUGGGGAACUACUUAUCAAAUACUCUAGCGGUGGAUACGGUAUCGAGCAGGUUAAAGGAUACGCAGGAACACCAAAUAGCGAAGGGCACCGUUGGAGCAUUGCCGAUGGCCUGAUAAUAAGAGAUGGUUCACCAGUACCUUCGAGUGGCUGUGAGUUGCUAAAUAAGACUUCUAAAUAAGC